UCAUCACCAUCAUCACCAUCACCACCACCAUCAUCAUCACCAUCACCACCACCAUCAUCAUCACCAUCACCACCAUCAUCAUCAUCACCACCACUAUCACCAUCACCAUCACCACCACCAUCAUCACCACCAUCACCACCACCAUCAUCAUCACCAUCACCAUCACCACCAUCACCACUAUCAUCAUCACCAUCACCACCAUCACCAUCACCAUCACCACCACCAUCAUCAUCACCAUCACUACCACCAUCAUCAUCACCAUCACCACCACCAUUAUCAUCACCAUCAUCACCAUCACCAUCACCAUCACCAUCACCACCACCAUCAUCAUCACCAUCACCACCAUCACCACUAUCAUCAUCACCAUCACCACCACCACCAUCAUCACCACCACCACCAUCAUCAUCACCACCACCAUCAUCAUCACCAUCACCACCACCAUCAUCAUCACCAUCACCACCACCACCAUCACCACCAUCACCACCACCACCAUCAUCACCAUCACCAUCACCACCAUCACCACUAUCAUCAUCACCAUCACCACCACCACCAUCAUCAUCACCACCACCAUCAUCAUCACCAUCACCACCACCAUCAUCAUCACCAUCACCACCACUGUCAUCAUCACCAUCACCACCACCAUCAUUAUCACCAUCACCAUCACCACCACCAUCAUUAUCACCAUCACCAUCACCAUCACCACCACCAUCAUCAUUACCAUCACCACCACCAUCAUCAUCACCAUCAGCAUCACCAUCACCAUCACCAUCACCACCAUCACCACCACCAGCAUCACCACCACCAGCAUCACCAUCAGCACCAUCACCACCACCAUCACCAUUACCACCACCAUCAGCACCAUCACCAUCACCACCACCACCAUCAUCAUCACCAUCACCAUCAGCACCAUCACCACCGCCACCACCACCACCAUCACCACCACCACCAUCAUCACCACCACCAUCAGCAUCACCAUCACCAUCACCACCAUCACCAUCAUCACCAUCGCCACCACCAUCAUCAUCACCAUCACCAUCAUCAUCACCAUCACCACCACCAUCAUCAUCACCAUCACCAUCACCAUCACCACCACCAUCAUCAUCACCAUCAGCAACACCAUCACCAUCACCACCAUCACCACCACCAGCAUCACCACCACCAGCAUCACCAUCAGCACCAUCACCACCACCAUCACCAUUACCACCACCAUCAGCACCAUCACCAUCACCAUCACCACCACCACCAUCAUCAUCACCACCACCAUCAGCACCAUCACCACCGUCACCACCACCACCAUCACCACCACCACCACCACCAUCA